CAAAAAAUCGCUCCACUACGAAAAAGAGAGAAUCCCCAAAAAGGAGAGAGAGAUUUGUUCUCGAGUUCUUGUAAAUAAAAAACACCUUCGGAAUCCAAAUAAAUAAUUCCUAAUUGCAACGUUGAUUCUUCAAAAAGAUUUAUAAAUUUAAUUGAUAAUAAGAAACAGAGGAAAGAUCUAUAUGUGGAACAAAUUUUGUGCUUAAAAUAGGAGGACACAAAACACAAAUUUAAUCUGCCCAUCGUGCAAAAGCCAAUGUUGGAUCUCUGGAAGAAAAUUUUAUAAUUUAUUUGGGAAAUUACACAAAAAAUGGCAGACAAAAGUGUAAUUGUUUGCCGCUAGCAAUGAUUAAUCCUAAUUAGCUAGAUUUUAUUGGACGUUUUAACGAGAGAGGCGAGCAAGCAGCAGGCAAUAAUGCCCAUAACCAAAGAAAUUGCUGUGGUCAAGCUGCCACAGUCGCGCAGCGUUUGGGCAAUAACUGUGGCCUCAUUUCUAUUAUGUUUUGUAUUUUAUUAUUUCUAUGGGGGUUAUUUAACCUUUGGCCUAAUCGGUUUGGUAUUGUUGGGCAUUUUCUAUUAUGGCCAGGAUGUGUUGCUCUAUCAUCCAGAUUUGCCGGCAAAUUCCCGAGUCUAUAUACCCAUACCCACUAUGCAUAAUCUACCUCAUGAAACCGUGAGCAUACGUACUGCCGACAAAGUAACACUGCAUGCCUUUUGGGUCAGACAGCCGGAGGAACGUUCCAAGAGUGUGCCGACCUUUGUUUAUCUACAUGGCAAUGCUGGUAAUAUGGGUCAUCGUAUGCAAAAUGUUUGGGGUAUAUUUUAUAGCUUAAAUUGUAAUAUUCUAAUGGUGGAAUAUCGAGGCUAUGGCCUUUCAACGGGGGCGCCAAGUGAACGUGGUCUUGUUCUCGAUGCGAGGGCGGCUAUUGAUUAUUUGUUUACACGCCACGAUUUGGAUCAUACACAGAUAGUGUUGUUCGGUCGUUCACUGGGUGGAGCUGUGGCAAUUGACGUGGCGGCCGACACAAUUUAUAGCCAAAAAAUAAUGUGUGCCAUAGUGGAGAAUACAUUUACAAGUAUUCCGGAGAUGGCUGUGGAAUUGGUACAUCCUUCGAUCAAAUAUGUACCCUAUCUUUUGUAUAAAAAUAAGUUUGACUCCAUUACCAAGAUUUCCAAAUGUUCCGUGCCAUUUCUAUUUGUUAGCGGUUUAAGUGAUAAUUUGGUACCACCACGCAUGAUGCGUGCCCUAUACACGGCAUGUGGUAGUGAUCGUAAACGUAUUUUAGAAUUUAUAGGAGGCUCACACAACGAUACAUGGAUAGUAGAUGGUUACUAUCAAGGUUUGAAAACAUUUCUCAAUGAAUGUCAAAAUAUUGUGCCACCCUUGGAGAAGCCACCUGAAAAAAGUAAUGUCUGGAGUGAAAUACAGGAUGUGUAAAUAAGAAAAAAUGGAUAUAAUUCAGUUUAUUUUGCUCAAUAGAGCACACCUAAGCCUAUGUUAUAAAUUUAUAUGCCAUCCUAGUAUUCCUAUAUUUUGAUUUGAAAAAGAAAAAACAACUAUUGCAUUUGUAAGACCAGAGUUAUGAUAAGUUUUGUUGAGAUAUUUCUUGUAGUUUAAAAAAAAAUUAACUACUCAAGAUCUGAAACCAAAAACCCUGUUUUGAGCGACAACGUAAAUCUCACUUAAAUCCAAAAAAACAAUAACUAAAACUAAUAGUUAAAUAUUAAUUUUUUUAAAUUAUAUAGACAAAUACGUUAUCUCUUUCUUCCUACUACUACUAUGAACUAAACAAUAAUCUUUUAAAAAUCUAAUGCUUCUCUUAUUUCUACUGCCAAGCCAAGGAGAAAAGAGUUUGAAACGAAAAACUAAUUAAUUAAUUUCAUUGUAUUAUACAAAAAUAUUUUAACGAUCCUUUUUAAACGAGCAUGGAAGGAGGCUGUGGGAAUUUGUAACAAAAAAUAAA